AUGGGCUCUCAAUCAGGCGUCAGAUGCAUUCGCAUUGGCGUCGAUGUAGGAGGAACCAACACCGACGCCGUCGCCAUCGACACAUCGCAGCAACACACAGAGACUCGGGGUCUCCUUGCACACUUCAAGACGCCAACAACGCCUGACGUUACCAGAGGCAUUGAGACCGCGAUACGCGCGGUGCUUGACAUCUCACAAUUGUCAACAUCGGACAUUGUGAGUGUCACUGUCGGUACUACGCACUUCAUCAAUGCAGCAAUCGAGCAUGAUGCGCGUCGAUUGAACAAGGUGGCCGUCAUUCGCCUGUCCAAAAGUUUCCUUCGCGAGGUACCUCCCUUCUCCGACUUUCCACCUGGACUGGCAGCUAUUAUCAAUGGAUAUGUGGGCUAUGUCGAUGGUGGCCUUCACAUCGACGGCUCUCAAGAAUCCCCCAUUGUGGAAUCUCAGGUAGUCGAGAGAUGUGCUGAAAUCAAAGCUUUGGGCCUGUCGUCAGUAGUGAUUGCGGGAGUGUUCUCGCCAAUCGAUGAGAUCUUCCAGCAGGAGGAGCAGGUCAGAAAGAUCGUGCUCAGAGAGCUGCCAGGUGUUGAGGUCGUUUGCUCACACGAAGUCGCAAACAUUGGUUUCCUCGAGCGAGAGAAUGCCAGUAUUCUGAAUGCAGCAAUCCUUGAUUACGCCAAGAGAACAGUCAGUGGCUUCCGUCGUGCAAUGAAGUCUUUGCAAUUGGAUUGCCGACUGUUCCUCACCCAGAAUGACGGCACCUUGCUUGAUUCAGCAUCCGCCGCCAAGUUUCCUAUCCGGACAUUUGCAUCGGGCAUGACGAACUCGAUGCGUGGUGCAGCUUACCUGGCUGCUCAUGAUACCAGAAAGUCCUCGGCCAUUGUCAUAGAUAUUGGAGGCACGACAAGCGACGUCGGAGUUUUGCUGCCUUCUGGUCUACCUCGCCAAGCUGCUGCAUAUGUGACCGUCGCUGGAGUACGAAUGAACUACGCCAUGCCACACCUGCACAGCAUUGGUCUUGGAGGCGGUACUAUGGUCCGUAAACACACCGCUAACAAGAUUGUUGUCGGGCCAGAUUCUGUGGGACACUAUCUCACGAGAGAUGCCUUGGUCUUCGGAGGCGACGUCCUGACAGCAUCAGACAUCGCCGUUGCUGCAGGAAAGGCUAAGAUAGGUGACAGCACUCUCGUCAAGCAUUUGAAUGCCAAGGAAGUUGCAGAUGCACAAUGCAGUAUCAAAGCACUACUCGAACGGGCUAUUGACGUGAUCAAGACCUCUCCUGAUCCGAUGCCUGUUCUGUUGGUAGGAGGUGGUGCAGUCAUUGCUCCUACUACCCUUUCAGGUGCUUCCGAGCUCACACUACCACCAUUUCAUGAUGUCGCAAAUGCUGUUGGCGCUGCCAUAUCCAAGGUUGGAGGCGUUGUCGACACAAUCCAAGAUGUGUCAGGUCAAACAUUCGAGCAAGCUGAAAAGAAAGCUAAGCAGAUUGCGAUUCAGCGUGCAGUUGAUGCCGGUGCCCUUAAAGAUAGCAUCAUGAUUGCGGAGGUCGAGAGCUUACCAGUUUCAUACGUCGCGAACCAAUUGAGAACAAUUGUGAAGGCUGUGGGCGAGCUCGACAUCAACGCUCAGUCGCAGACUGUAUUCAAGGACGAUGACGAUGGUUUAGACUUUGAGCAUGCAGAGGAAGGCGUUAAACAGGUGGCGCCGAAGACUGUUGAAGCACAGCAGGUCGAUCCCAGAAUCUACAUGCCCACGAUCAUAGAGAAUGACGCGACUGGACAUCCGGAAUGGCUACUGUCUGAGACAGACAUUGAUUUCAUUUCCAAAGGUUGUUAUGUCUUGGGCUGCGCAGGAGGUGGGUCCACAGGAGCUUCACGACUACAACUCCGCGAGAUGCUCCGCCAGGGACACAAGAUGCGUGUCGCAGAUGUUUCCGCUCUCGCCGACGACGCGUUGAUCUACUGGGGAGGCCACAUGGGCUCUCCAGCAGUGUCAGUCGAGCGUCUCCAAUCUUUGGAAACAGUCGGUGCUUUCAAUGAGCUCAUGGAAUAUCUACACCACGACAAGCUAGAUGCAGUGAUGGGUCUGGAGAUAGGCGGUGCCAACGGCAUGGAGCCUCUGCUUGUGGGAUCCUCUCGCUUCUUUAAUUGUCCAGUGAUCGACGCCGAUUUCAUGGGCCGUGCCUACCCUACUUAUUGGCAGACUACUCUGGCUGUACACUAUCCAGGUGAACUUGUACCUUGUGUCAUCGACUCUGGCGACGGAAAGACGAUCUUGAUGACCAAGGCACCGAACGAUGAAAUUGUGGAUCGAGCUCUGCGCGCCUCCUGUGCCGAGAUGGGCUCGCGCGUGGGUAUGGCAGCAAAGCCAACAACAACCGAGAAAGUUCGUUCCUCUGGUGUUUUGAAUACCAUGUCUUUGGCUUGGCGCGUCGGUAGGUGCAUCUCUCUGGCAGAAGCCACAAACACGAUGUCCACCGUUGCAGAAGCGAUCGUGAAUGAGGCUGGCGGAACCAAGAGUGCUCGCAUCUUAUUCCGCGGUAAGAUCACUCAAGUCGAACGACGAGUAUACAAAGGCCACUCUCACGGCUCGAUCACGAUCGGUGGAACAGAAGAAGACGAAGAAAGUGCAGCCAAUGCAAAUCGUAUGCCUGCCAUGCGAGUGGGUGGUACUCUUAAGAUUCCGUUCAAGAACGAAAACAUUUAUGCCGAGUACACAUCCGACUCUGGAGAGAAAGAAUAUCUCGCGCUUGUCCCCGAUCUCAUUGCAGUACUAGACUCUGGCUCUGGCUGUGCGUUGGGCGUGCCGGAGUUCAAGUAUGGCUACUAUGUCACUGUGAUUGGCAUCACUUGCUCGCCUCUUUGGACCGACACACCUGAAGGAAUCAAGAUUGGCGGGCCGAGUGCGUUUGGCUACGAUUUCGAGUACAAACCUUUGGGAGAAUACGUUAAACCACGGAGCGUUAUUGAGGAGUAUAGAUCACAUUGGAAGAGAGUUUAA